AUGGCGCAGGACCAGAGGCCGCUGGUGGGCGUGGGCGUCCUCAUCUUCCAAGAGGGCACCACAAAAUGUUUAGUGGGGAAGAGGAAGGGCCCGCACGGCGGCGGCGAGUAUGCGCUGCCUGGUGGCCACCUGGAGUAUGGGGAGAGCUUUGAGGAGUGUGCCGCGCGGGAGGUGCUGGAGGAGGCAGGCCUGCAGCUGGCGUCCCCCACCUUUGCCUAUGCCAUCAACGCCGUGUUCCCGGCCAGCGGCAAGCACUAUGUCACCGUCUUCUGCCGGGCCGAGGUGCCCGCCGGCGCGCAGCCGCGCAACCUGGAGCCCCACAAGUGCGAGGGGUGGGCCUGGGUGGAGUACGCCUCACUGGCGCACGCCUGCCAGCCCCUCUUCCUGCCGCUGGCCAAGCUGCUGGACAGCCCCUACAGGCCGCACUGA